AUGGAUAGAUGGCUAACUCAAAACGCUCUGCUGCUGCUUCUUCUUCUUGUUCUUCUCUUUUUGGUUGGAGGAGAAUCAAACACCAGGUGCAUUGAAUCCGAGAGAAAAGCACUCCUCCAUUUCAGAAGAAAUCAUCCCCAUGAUCAAACUCAUCCUCUUUCUUCUUGGGGAAAUGAAGAAGAAGCAAGCAAAUCAGACUGCUGUGAAUGGACCGGAGUCCGGUGUUCCAAUACAUCCCACCAUGUCGUCAUGCUCGAUCUUUCCCCAAGUGCUUCAUCGUCUUGGAGAGGUAAUAUCAGCAAUUCGUUGCUUAAAUUGCGAUUUUUGAAUCAUUUGGAUUUGAGUCUUUUGGAUUUGAGUCAAGCUUAUGACUGGUUUCAAGUAAUUUAUCAACUUCCUCACCUGAAAAAAUUGCUGUUAUCUUUUUGUAAUCUACCCAAUUUCGAUUCUGCGUCUCUUUCGCUUGUUAAUUCUUCGAAAUCUCUUUCGGUUCUUGAUCUUUCUGGAAACAAUCUUUCUUCAACUUCCGUUUAUCCAUGGCUGUUCAACUUUAGUCAUAGUUUAGUUCAUCUCGAUUUAUCUUCUAACAAUUUAGGAGAUUCAAAAUCUCUUGAAGCUUUUGUUGGAAUGAGUGGUCUCAAGAAGCUUCUUCUUAGGAAUAAUCAGUUGCGAGGAUCAAUUCCUGAAGCAUUUGGGAAUAUGUCUCUUGAACACCUUGAUCUAGGAUUUAAUAUGAUUGAAGGUGAGAUACCAAAAUCAUUAUGGAAUACCUGUACAUUGCAAACAUUAGAUUUGUGUUUUAAUAAUCUAAGUGGAGAACUUCCUGAUUUUGCUCAAUCUUUAUCUGUUUGUUCAAACUCUUCUCUGGAAUAUUUAUAUCUAAGCUUGAAUAGAUUCAGAGGACCAUUGCCCAAUCUCAUAAAUUUUCCAAAAUUGAUCCAUUUGUGGAUUUCCUCUAAUCGAUUAGAUGGGACUGUGUCUGAAAGUCUUGGCCAAAUGACACAGUUGGAGGUUUUAAAUAUUUCUAGGAAUUCAUUGAAGGGUGUAAUUUCAGAGGCUCAUUUCUCAAAACUUUCCAAGUUAUCUAUCUUAGAUUUAUCGUUUAACCCAGAUUUGAUUGUCAACAUUAGUUCUAAUUGGGUUGCUCCAUUUGAAUUGAAUGAAAUAAGACUUGGGUCUUGCAAAUUGGGUCCUCUGUUCCCUCCAUGGCUUAAAACUUUACAGAAGAGUCAGUUCGAACUUGAUAUAUCCAAUUCUGGAAUUUCAGAUUCCAUUCCGGAUUGGUUUUGGGGGCUCUGUACUGUAUGUUUAAGCAUGAAUCUUUCUUAUAACAACUUAAGUGGAACAAUCCAAAAUUCUUCAAGAAGAUUUGCGGAUUACCCUGAGAUAGAUUUGAGUUCAAACAAUUUAGAAGGUCCCAUACCUCUUUUUUUGUUCAAAGUGGCUGCACUAGACAUUUCUAGAAAUAGAUUCUCGAACCUAGAUUCUGUGUGUCAUAUCGACAAUGGUUCUCACUUGAGCUUUCUUGACAUAUCAUACAAUGAAUUGUUGGGAGAGCUACCUGAUUGUUGGUCAUAUUUUGAGAAUUUGGAAAUUCUUAUUUUGGGGAAUAAUAAACUGUCAGGGAGGAUUCCAUCCUCUAUGGGCUCCCUAGCUAUGAUUACAACAUUGCAUUUAGGCAACAAUUAUCUGACUUCAGAAUUGCCAGCAUCUUUGAAGAACUGCAAAAACUUGAUAGUUUUUGAUGUGGGAGGAAAUGAAUUAUCCGGACCAAUCCCAACAUGGAUGGGCCAAAGACCAUCUAGUCUUUUAAUUCUUAGUCUAAGAUCCAAUAGAUUCAAUGGGAACAUACCCUCAACAACUAUGUCAUUUGAUACAUCUCCAGCUGCUAGAUUUAUCUCAAAACAGCCUUAUUGGCACCAUACCAAAAUGUCUUGGUAA